AUGGCUAAAAAAGGGAAACAAACCACCAAGCCCACUGAAGACAUUAGCGCAUGGCCGGUCAACAACCCCGACCGCUAUUACUUUGAGGGCGGUCUUCGAAGGGUCAAGCCAUAUCACCAUACCUACAACACCUACUGCAAGGAGCGAUGGCGGGGUAGGACGUUGUAUGACAUUUUCACGUCCGAAUUCAGAGAUCGCACGCCAGAGUAUUAUAAACAAGCUAUUGAAGAAGGCCGCGUCCUCGUCGGCGGAAAAGUCGCGAACCUCGAUACUAUCGUCCCCAACGGCGCAAUCGUCUCGCAUUCCACCCACCGACACGAACCGCCCGUGAGCUCUCGUCCCAUUGGAAUAAUCCACGAAGAUGAUGACAUGAUCGUAAUCGACAAGCCCGCUGGAAUUCCCGUUCACGGCGCAGGCCGAUACCACUUCAAUACCAUCCUCGAAAUCAUGAAAGCUGACCGGCCCGGUUUCAAACCUCUUCCAUGCAAUCGACUGGACAGGCUGACAUCUGGCGUAAUGUUUAUCAGCAAGAAUCCCAAAGCCGCAGAAAAGUUUGCCGUUCAACUUAAGUCGCGCACUUUGCAAAAGGAGUAUGUAGCGAGAGUCGGCGGGCGGUUCCCUGAUGGCGUUGUGCUCUGCGACCAACCCAUCAUGUCGGUUAGUCCCAAGCUGGGCUUGAACAGGGUUCGUGCUACAGGCAAGGAAGCCAGGACAAAGUUUCGUCGCAUAGCCUACUACCCAGCUUCAGCAAAGACUGAUGCCGAAAUUGCGUCAAAAAACGGUGAUCUMCCUGCCACGCCACCAGCUACAGCCUCCGAGGACGAAGGCUACAGUAUCGUGCACUGUCUCCCUCUGACAGGCCGUACGCACCAAAUUCGCGUCCACCUUCAAUUUCUAGGAUAUCCCAUCUCCAAUGACCCCAUCUACUCCAACAGGCGCGUCUUCGGACCCAGUCUGGGCAAACACGAUGACAGCGCCGAGAACGACGGUGAGAUCAUCGAUCGACUCUCCAACAUGGGCAAGACAGAAUUAGCAGAGACAACCGCUUAUCGUACCCAUCUCACAUGCCCGCCCGUUGUAGCGCCGGACACAGAUCCGCAGGUGAUCGAGGCAAUCAUGUUCCGUGAACAUGAAGCUGCUGUAGACGCCUAUCACAAGCGCAAGGGCGAGCGUCUUUCUGGUGAAAUUUGCGAGGAAUGUGAUGCGCCGCUCUACACAGACCCCGGUGUUCAUGAACUUGGCAUUUUCCUGCAUGCAGCUAGGUAUGCAGAUAAUGAAGGGACAUGGAAAUAUAAAAGUGCCCUACCAACAUGGGCUUUCCCACCGGAAGGUUUGGAGGGACCAACUUCGAUACCUGAUUGGCGUGAGCCUAGCGAAGGCGAGGAAUUGAUAAUCAAUAAUGGAUUUGCGGGACCUAGUCCUGAUGGUGGUCAGGACGUUGAGACCAAGGAAGAUGAUGUCCUGGCCCUUGUGCGCGGAGUCGGAAUGGUCAAUCUUUCACAAAAGUUGAGGGAUGGCCAGGAUCUGACAGCCUAA